AUGGCCUCCCGGACUGUCCUGGGAGCAUGCUUUCUGGUCUUCGUGUGGCUGUGCUACUACUUAUUACGACCUACGCCGCUUGAUCAGGCACCGUGCAUACACUGGUCAGCCAAAUACAGCUCGCUCUGGAUCCGAUGGAAGAGGUACCAGGACCAAGACACCCUCGCCGUACACGAAGCACAUCUUCGGCAUGGCCCCGUCGUCCGUUUGGGACCUAAGGAAAUGUCGAUCGUUGAUGCGGCCACCGGCAUCAAACCUAUCUACGAAGGCCGCCUUCCCAAGACAGACUGGUUUCAGAUCAUAGUGAGCUAUGGAAGCGAGCCAAUGUUCGCGAUGAAGGAUAAUGAGUCGCACCGCCGCCGGAGGAAGAUGGUGACGAAGCCUUAUCAGAACAGCUACAUCAAGGCGAACCGUGACUGGCAAGAACAGCAGGCGGUGCUCGCACGGGAUUUCCACUCGAGUCUUGAGAAGUUGUCCGGCAACACUGGCGAAGUUGCAAUAUGCGAUAUGUUCUUCGCCUGGGCGUUGGCGACCGUCAGCACUUAUAUAUUUGGGCAUGCGGCCGGUGUGAACGUGCUCGAUGAUCUGCCAAAGGCUCGUCAAAAACGGCAAGAUUACUACAAGGAACGAAACCUUGCUUUCUGGGUUGCUUCGGUACCUUACCCGAUUAACAAGCUCCUCCUGAAUCUUCGGUACAGCACAGAGAUCAGCUUCAUCGAGGAGCUGCGGAUACAAGCCGAUAGACAUGCGGCCGAACCGCAGGAGAAAUCCAAGGGCACGAAUUCUACACCGUACGACUACAUGAAAAACGAGUUCUCUUCACCUACCGGUCCGGACAGCAAAGUCGAGCAACCCUCGCCAAAGGCACAAGCAGCUCUCUCCAGCGAGAUGCAGGACCAUGUGAUAGCAGGUCUCGAUACUUCGGUAAUCGUUCUCACAAUCUGUGCUUGGCUACUCAGCCUUGACAGCAACCGCACAUGGCAAGACAAAUGUCGUGCUGAGGCGAGAGGCUGCCGUGAAUCUGACGGAACUCUCAACACAGACGAGACACCCAUCAUCGAUGCAGUUAUCAAGGAGACGUUGCGUGUAUACCCUCCUGUGUCAGGCAUGCAGCCGCGGAUUACAGACAAGCCUACAGCCGUCGGACCUGGAGCUCACCAGAUCGUCUUGCCUCCCGGUAUAACCGUUCACGCCCAGACCUGGACACUGCAUCGGAACAACGAGGUGUUUCCAAAGCCAGAGGAAUGGCGUCCAGAGCGGUGGAUUGAAUGCUCUCCAGAGAAGAGAAAGGAGAUGGAUGCCUGGUCCUGGGCUUUUGGAUCCGGACCUCGAAGAUGUUUGGGAGAACAACUUGCUCUCAACUCGCUGAAGACAGCACUCGUGGUUCUGUAUGGUGGCUUUGAGACUCGGCUGACGGAGAACACGGAAUUUAGCAUUGAGGUUGGCAACAUGCUUAUACCGAGCACUCUUCAGCUGCGUGUGGACAAGGCAGAGGCACAGUAA